AUGGUGGAGCAGUCGGAUCGCGCUCCGCUCCUGGACUGGGAGGAGGUUCCACCGCCCGAACCGGUUCCGACAGUUCCGUCUUCACAGGAGGAAAACGAGUUGCGGUCCAGUCCGUCUAAUUGCCAACCCGCAGACAACUCGAUCCCCGUAGCUGGAUGGAAUACCAGUCCCGGGGCUCCGACGGCUGUAGCAGCUGUUACUAGCAGGGACUCGAGCUCGCCAUCCAAGCAGGGUGGACUAGGAGGCGAUGCUGAGAGCCCCGACGAGCGGGACAGUACAUUCCCGGGACUGUGCGUUAAGGACCGCGCAGUAACCGGAUGGGAGGAAAAGGACCAAAUUAUCUCCGUGUUUGUCGUCACCUUUGAUACCAGAUCAGGUAACAUGGUGGAAUGGUGCCUUCCUCAGGAUAUGGACUUGGACGGCGUGGAAUUCAAAUCCAUGGCCAGUGGCUCCCACAGAAUCGCCAGCGAUUUCAUAUACUUCCGGAAAGGCUCAUACUUUGGGCUGGCAUGCUUUGCCAACAUGCCGGUGGAGAGUGAGCUGGAGAGAGGGGCACGGAUGAAGUCCGUGGGGAUUUUGUCCCCCUCAUACACCCUGCUCUACCGCUACAUGCAUUUUCUGGAGAACCAGGUUCGGCAUCAGCUGAAGUGUCCUGGCCAGUACUCUCCUCUGGAGGCCUUCUAUGAGGAUAAAAAGGCCAUUCUUCCUCCAGGAGGAAAUGGCCUGGUCACUUCCUGUCCGACCAGUGCACUCACCACCAUGGUCAACCGCUGCAUGCACCCCGAGAUGAAGAUCACUCACCCAGCAGGGUGCAUGUCUCAGUUCAUCCGGUUCUUUGGAGAGCAAAUCAUGGUCCUGUGGAAGUUCGCUCUGCUACGGAAACGCAUCCUCAUCUUCUCACCACCUCCGGUUGGUGUGGUCUGCUACAGAGUGUACUGCUGCUGUUGCCUUGCCAACGUCUCCAUCCCUGGGAUUGGUGGUUCGAUGCCGGAGCUCCGCCCUUUUUUCUACAUCAACGUGGCUGACAUCACUGCCCUGGAGACAGAGCUGUCAUACGUAGCCUGUACUACGGAGAAGAUCUUUGAGGAGAAGAAGGAGCUGUAUGACUUGUACAUAGACAACCAGAAUGUGCGGACACACAGAGAGAGCCUACAGCCUCUACUCCGCCUCAACAGCGCCGACAAGGAGAAGUACCGCAAACUGAGCGAACAGAGGCAGUUACUGCUGUACUCUCAGGAGGUUGAUGGAGACUGCGGGGCUAAUGAAGAGGACCUCUUCAUCCUGUUCUUCAUGGAGCAGAAUAACCGGAUCUUCCAGACGCUGUGUGAGGUGGCCGGGAGCUCGGACCCCACGCUGACCACGGAGCACGUGAGGGCCAUGGGCUUGGACCCGCAGGGGGACCGCGGCUUCCUGGUGGACCUGCUGGAGGUGUACGGCAUCGACGUCAUGCUGGUCAUCGACAACCCCUGCUGCCCCUGAGGGGGACACUCAGCACCCCCCCCCCCUCCCCCCAUCUUUCUGGACGUUCUCUCGGCCUUUCUUUACACACACACACACACACACACACACACACACAUACACACAACCAAAUGCACAAACGCACACACACAUCCCUCCCUCUCUCUUUCUUGAUCUCUCCACACUGUGGUGAACAGAGGGGUUUUCUUCUCCCUCAUAAUUUUGGUUUCUCUCAUCGUCUUUUUACUAUUUCCUCUUGCCAUGUUUUCCUUUCUUUCUUGUAUUUGUUGUUUUUGUCUUUCUCUACUCUCUCUCUCUCUCUCUCUCCAUGACCUCCCUCCCUCCCUCCCUCCCUCUCUGGGCCACAGGCAAGGCAGGACAUGUGAACACUGCCCGGCACUCCCAGCUCUCCUGUCCAGCUCCUCCUCUCAGGGCUGGGGGAGAAGUGUGCCCCCCCCCUGCAGACCAGCACUGAAACUGCCUGGACCUCCUCCACCCCACCCCACCCCACCCCACCAUCAUCAUGUGCUGUUCUGCUUCUCCGCUGUGCUGUGAGGCCCUUACCAGUUACGCCUGGCGGAUCAGUAUGCUUGUGUGGUUAGCGAGCUAACAGCUAACCCCCCCCCCCCAACUAUCCAUCUGCAGUCCGGGGGCUAUUCCAUCCAUCCUUAAAUGCUGUUGUUCAUCCCUCUGUCCCUAGAUAUCCGUCUGUCCAGCUUGAGCCACGGUGAGUCCUGCUUUGUGGCAGUGGACUGGACUGCUCUUUGUGCCUGUCCUCUCUCCUCAGUCUAGCUCUGUGGUCUUUCAAUUUACCUGGGACUAAUGGAUCGCCCAGUCACACACACACACACACACACACACACACACACACACACACACAAAACACACACACACACACACUCACACACACACACGCACACACACACACACGCACACAAAACACACACACGCACAAACACACAAACACACACAAACAGCUGUCGACACACCACAUUGGAAAUACAGUGGAUCGUUACGCUCGCAAACCUGUACCCCCCAUUUGACAUUGACAACAAACGAUACGGCUGGAUUUCUCGUGACUGUUAACGUGCGGGCGUAACACUCCGACUCUACUGCGGUUCCUGUCUCCAAACUCUGCCCAUCAUGUAUACUGUGUACUCAAUCUAUUGCUUAGUACCUCACCUCUGUAUUAUCGUCUUCAUCUAUACUGUAUAACAUGUAGACAGCAGCUCUCUCUCUGGACAUGAUCUGGAUGGACCGUGGCACCACUCAUAGGCCAUGGUCAUUCCCAAGCUAGAUGUGGUUGUACUGUACACACACAUCAGGUCAUUUUCCGGUUUUCCAGUUUUCACCUCAAAAGGGAAUUCCCAACUCUGCCUCUCUGCUUUCGGUAAGGUUAUUUUCGUCUCUGCAAGCGCCUGGGACCAUGCUGUCGACUUGACAUCUUUUCGGGGUUUUUCUCAGGUUGUGUUUUCUUCUGUAUCUUUCUGCUAGAAAGACAAAUCAUAGUUAUUCAAUCAGUUCCAUAGCACACGGCUUACUGGCCCUGACAUGAUGCUGUGCUGUUCAAAGCUAGAGCACUCCUGACAGGAAGGAGAGGCUUUUCUCGUCCUGGUAUUUCCUCACUUCUUGCCAGACUUCCCUUUUGUUUGUUUUGUGGAAGCCAUCUUUAUUAGCUUCUGAGAAACCCUUGGCCGUGCCGGGCCAAAAUGCCGGGGUGAGUGAGGUCUUUUGGACAGCUGCAUUGUGCAGGACUGUUAUUCACUGGCUCACAGUGCUGUGACUGUGACUUGUUGUGCCUGCACCAGUGUUGGGUCUGCACCAGUGUCCCUCUCCUCUGAGGGGAGACCCUGUUUGUAACAGUUUGUGUGGUAUUCAACGGUUCUCUUGGACACAGGAUUUGUAAAUGAACACGGAUACAUGUGAAUUGUUAAAGAUUAUGGCGUUAUGUUUAGUUUUCUGGUAGAUCUCCAUGAAUGUGAUUCUAUGACACUAAUCAAUGAAAGCUGCACUACAACUCUGAUGUGACAACAUGGAUGUGCUCAUGUGUUUCUGUGUGUGUGUGUGUGUGUGUGUGUGUGUGUGUGUGUUUUUGAAAUUCUUUUAGAAGGAAGAAAUGUUCUACUGCUCUUGUGUGGUCUGGAUGGCCAGAUUGUGGCAACAGACUGCCCUCAUCAGCAGGUGUUCCUGGUCUGUGUGUGUGUGUGUGUGUGUGUGUGUGUGUGUGCGCAUGUGAGUAUGUGUGUGCGUUUGCCGAACUUGAGUUCAUUUGCUGUUUGGUUAAGUUAGAUUGCACCAGCUUUUAGAUGAGAUUUGCUAUAGAUUAAGUGUAAUCCUCGGCACAUUUACUGCUAUUUCUGGGCCGCACUCAUCGGUAUGUAUUUGUGUGUGUGUGUGUGUGUGUCUAAAUGCUCCUCUCAGCUCCAAAGCAACCCAUGUCUCAAACAAAGACGUGUGUUGUCUUAGUUGGUCCCAGUCCAGUGGUGUGGAAUGGGCUAUUUUUUGGGGGGUGAUUAACCCUCCUGUUCUGUUCAGACAGACCCCAUCUGUCGCGCCUGGGGUCCCUUUCACCCCUGCUGUCAGCGCUUCUUCUUUUCCAUACCCAGAGAAGGGCCACCCUCACCACAUGAGCAGUAAGCACUUUACGUGCGAGUGCAGUCUGGGCCUCAGCAUGAAUUGAACCUGCCAUGAGGUUGCAAGACUUCACGAAGACUCAUAAAUAAAAGCUGUUUUGCGGUUGAAGCCCAUCCCAUGACUGAAGAGACACUUCCCCUUUAUAGUGUUGGCAUUCAUCCAUCCAUCCACAGUGUUAAUGGCUCAAAAGAACUUCUUUGUCUCAAUCAUGUUUUCUGAUCAGACCAGCUAUUUUCUUCAAAAGGCACUCAGACAUUUUUUGGUGGUCCAUAAAUCUGUGUAAGCUGUUCCCGUCAUGCUGACCCUAAUGUUCAGAGAGAUGGUUUCUGUGGCUAAUUUCAACUCAGUCAAGAAUUUCCACCACUGAGACCGAUGCAUUUGUGUGAUGUUUUCAUCCUGGCCUAAAUUCAACCCCCAAUCUUGUGCAAUUUAAAGGGGUACAUUUUGGUCUGUAGACAGACACAGUUGUGAUUGGAAACGAACACAAAGAUGCAUGAAUGAGUGAAUUACUAAUGACGAAUGAGAGAAUUAUGAUAAGUAUGACGAGUGCUGGCACUCGAUGACACUAAAAGGUCACUGAAAAAAAAAAUCCCUGAUUUGUUGUCUUUGAUCUACUGAAUUCCAUGAGUUAUAAAUAUGUAACAGAGCAAUAUGUAAUUUGGGAAUGCUCACAUUUGCAAUGAGUUGUUUGUAAUGAAGGGAAAGUAAAGAUGGAAAAUGGGAAUUUGCUAUUAUCUCCGUCAUGGUUCCUCCUCACUGUGCAUUCUGGCUGCAAUUUAUAAUCUGCAACGACGCUUUGUACUUCUUGACACGCUUACAGCCAGCUUUUGGCUUAAUAUGGUUUUCUUUGUGUGUCCAUGUGAAUUUGUGUAUUUUUAAGUACUGAAACAAGUAGGAAUGUACUGUACAGUUUGUAAAUAAAUUGCACCAACUGGGAGCCAUAUUUAUGUGUGUAUAAA